AUGGCGCCUGGGAACGGACGUCUCGUCGUCGACAACGAUGACUGCACGGAUAUUGAUAUUCCCGGCGACGGCAACGGGGACCCCAUGGAUAUCGAUAACAACGGAAACGACGACAACAACAACAAUACCAACGAUGGCGGCGAUGAGCCCGAGCACAGAUUCUAUAAUUGUAUAGUCUACCAGCACCUGGAAGGAGAAGGGCGGAUCAGGGAGACUGGCACUAUGGAGAGGUGCGCCGCUCCUCCUCUCCCCCCUCCUUUAUCUCCUCCCAUCUUCUAUCUGUCCUCUACCCCCUCCGCCAAUACUAUUUCCAAGAUGCCUCGAAACCAACCUCCAGUCAACCAGGAAGUGCCUGCUGGAGCAGAGUGGUGGGCGUUCGCUGAUGGCUCCGGUGGCUACGAGCUCAUGUGGCUGGCCGGGCCUGGGGGUGAUUCAUCUGAGAGUGGAAAUAACCCUGAGCGCAGCCUCAACAAUGCUGAUGAAGGUGGCGAACACAACAAAGACGGCAACGGAGGUGACGACGACAACAUGAACAUUGAUGUUCCCACUGAAGACAGCGAUGACAAUAAAGAUGACUACGUCUAUGGCGAUGACAUGUACCUUGAUUCGCCCAAUGAAGACAGCGAGAGCGAUGUUAGCGACGACGAAGACAAAAGCGAUGAUGAUGAAAGUGACGAUGACGACGACGACGACGACGCCGGGAGGUACGGCAUUACAGAAGAGGAAAUGAAGGAUAUUGAAAAGUUCAAUAUACAGAAGGUCCUAGACAACAUGCCAACUGUCAACAUGGAUGACGAGGAGGAGAUCGAAAGACGUAUCCAGGAGGCCAUUGGAGGGCACGAGCGCAGGUGUCUCGGAUUGACACUGGAAGCCGAGGAGAUGAUCCUUUCUCUGUUUCCAGCAAACACCCAAGUCGUCAACGACAUGGGAAACAACCCGGAAAUCAAGAGGUGCGUCGAGACUUAUCGACAACACGUCCGCACUUUGAUCAAGUCCCUGGCGCAGCUCAUGCUCACCGCUACCGUUCGCGACGACUUGCCACGGUCUAUGCAGGGUUGGUUCUUAUAUAUAGUGGCCAACGCUACGGAAGAGCGUCGGGAACGACUGCUCAACUUGUUGACGCACCCCUCUGUGCAGCUACCCGCCUUGCAGUAUCGCCUUGGUGCUCCCGUAUGGUGGCCCACCAUGCUUGACCCAAUAUGGCCCAAGAUCGAUCUUUCCAGGGCCGAUGAGGGCGGAGACUUCGUCACCGCAUACAUUGCGGUUGGACACCUUUCGCAGGCUACACAUUAUAUUUAUAGUGGCAGCGCGACAUCAACGGACCCAACUGCUUCCAUGAUUGGCGAAGCAGCCAGAAUGGCAUGCCACAACAAGGUCCUCAACUUGGACCUCGAGGAUAUGAUCCGUGGACGACAGCUGAAGCAAACUUCCUUGGACAAGUCAAUCCUCCUGGCCCAUGUACAGCUCGCGCGCUCAGAGGAGCGCUUCUUCCUACCAAGCCAACGGUUUCCAGUAGACAUGCGCGACCCAGCCGAUUCCACCCACGAGAAGUGUGCGGCGUUGGCUCUUUAUGCCGAAAACCUCAACAUGAUCCUUCUCUCCAGCCGGGCCGUCGACUACAAGCCGCGGAGUGCCGCAUCUGCGCCCUACAUCCGCUCUUCCCGUCUCGUCCUGGAACGUCUCAGGCCGGCAGGUUUGCCGGAACCUCCUUGGAAUGGGAUCAACAUCCUCUUGCCGAUGUUGCAACUCCCAAAGGCCAUUUGGAAAUUGAUGAAUGUGAGCAUCAGGGCGGACCUGUCGUCUGCCGUCGGCCACAAAUUGCGACGACGUUUCGCCGAAACUGGUAAGCCAACAUUGUCACGACUAGCAUGCGUGCGUAUGUUGGCCGGCUCGAAGCUGCCGCCAGCAGACCCGUACGUCAAGGCCAUGCGGUUGCUCUACGCCGACAUUCUGGCCGAGCACGGUCUCAAGUACAGGACCCAGCACCAAGACAAGACCCUCAGAUUGCUCGUCCUCUGGGUGGCCAUCAUCCGCGUAGCCGAGACCUCCUGUCUGGUAAGCGGCCCUUACGAGAACGACGAUGACCGCUACCAUGUCGAAGACACCGCCCUCGACUGGGUCAGUGUGGCAGUGGAAGCUCAACGCGUCGCACCUCCCGAUUUACUCAAGGAGUUCGAAGACGAAGACUAUUGCCAAAAGCUGUACAAAGCCGGCAAAAGUCUCUUCUUCAACCGCAAUGUAGUGAUCUGGUCGAACUGGAACAGGCUUCGAAGUGGCCUUCCCAAGAAAAUCGCAAAGUCCAGCAGCAUGACACGGCAUCCAACGUUGAUCAAGUCGAGAAUUCGACAUAUUUGUCGUGUUCUCGUUUACCGCCACAUGGCCGAGCAAGGUCGGAUCAAGAAGACUUCAACCGCAGUCCGGCUCAAGGCCAACUCGAGAACGCCAAGGUCCUUGUCCAUACUUGUCAUCGACCAGUUGAGAAGUGACAUGAGACUUUGCCCUUCGGUCCGAAUCGAAAAAGGAGCCUGGGACGACGGGGCGUUGGAGGCCGUCAUCAACGGAGAGCUCCUUCAAGCUUGCAAGGUUCUCGAAGCCGGCGUGCCUCUGGCCAACACCAACCUGUGGGAAAAUCUUGAGGAUCUUGAGUCAGGGUGGGCGGAGCCUCGAAAUGACGGCGACAUCGAAAUGACAGAUGUCGAAAUUCCACAAGAUCCCAGGCGCUGGGAUCCCAACUCCCUUCCUGCGGAUCACGAUUUCAAUGACGAGAAUCUGCAGCUCCUGCUGGAUGACAAUGUGAGGCCAGCCGAGAUCUUCAUCUCGCGACCCUUGCGAUAG